AUGGCCUACAAGAGCUUGUGUCUGGAAUUGGAGACGCCAAGCAGUCCGGAGACUCCAUCUGUGGCUCUUCCUCCACCGACUUCUGUCGCCACUCUGCGGGCCAGUGCCACGGAGUUUGUGCCACAGGUGCCACAAGCCAGCGACCGAGUUCCAACUGAAUCUGAAGAUGAACAGGAAGAUUAUUCGGAAGAGGAUAGAUACAAUGUGGAGCGCACUACUUUGAGUGCUCCCAAGCCCGCAAGCUAUGGACUUCGCUUCUAUAAUAGCCAUUACGAGCCCGAGAACGGGAGCGACAGCCACUCAGUUGAGGCAGAGAAGAGGAGAAGGUUCAGCUAUCGGACACCCAAAUUCCGACCGAAUCUGGGAUCAACCGGUCGUGUUCCCAAGGUCGAAACUACAUUUUUGCCCUCAGCAAAGCCUCCCAACGAGCUGGCCAGCGGACAGCCGCACUUCAAGGGUCCCUACAUGCCGCUCCUCCAGCACCGCAUAGCCAAUGCCGAUGCCUACGGCCUCAUCCGGGGUCCCAACGAGCGGAGCAGUAUGAUGCUGGACGACAUGGUCAAACAGCUGGCCCGCCUAGACCACUGUCCCUUCAAUCUGAACACGUUAUUCCGAAGCAGAGGCCCACAAAAUCCAACAUCCUAG